UCAUCCAGUCGUCUGUCUGACUCAGUUUCUUCUCUCGCUCUGACUGACGCACCGCUGCGUCGUUUUCUCGCGGCUUUAUUUACAGUUUUUUGAAGGAAUUUGCGACCAAAUCUCCUCAGAGCCGCUUCAUUUUUCUUCAUUUUUCUUCAUUUUCUUGCAAAUCUCCAACUGACCUCGCCGACCGUUUUUCUCUGCAGAUAUUCAUCCUCAACUUUCACUUUGUGCAGGAAACACAGUCGGGAUUAUAAACAGCUGGGACAUGGACUGAACUGGAAGGAUUGUUGACCAGUUUAAGAUUGCUUCGUGGACGUUUCCCAGUUGAACCAGUGACUCCAUCAGUCAGGAUGAGCGCGUGCAGCAGGAAGGCUCUGACGUUGCUGAGCAGCGUGUUUGCUAUCAGCGGCCUGGGUCUGCUGGGGGUGGCGGUCAGCACCGACUACUGGCUGUACCUGGAGGAGGGCGUCAUCAUGCCUCUGAACCAGAGCGUCGACAUCAAGACCUCGCUGCACUCAGGACUCUGGAGGGUCUGCUUCCUGGCUGGUGAUGAGUCCGGUCGCUGCUUCACCAUCGCCUACAUCAUGCCCAUGAACAUCCAGCUGACCUCAGAGUCCACAGUCAACGUGCUCAAGAUGAUCCGCUCAGCGACUCCGUUCCCUCUGGUCAGCCUCUUCUUCAUGUUCAUCGGCUUCGUCCUCAACAACAUCGGACACGUCCGUCCUCACCGCUCCAUCCUGGCCUUCGUCUCUGGGAUCUUCUUCAUCCUCUCAGGUCUGGCUCUGGUGGUGGGUCUGGUGCUCUACAUCUCCAGUAUCAAUGAUGAGAUGUUCAACAGGACGAAGAGCAGCGAGGCCUUCUUCUCCUAUAAAUACGGCUGGUCCUUCGCCUUCGCUGCCAUCUCCUUCCUGCUCACUGAGAGUGCAGGCGUGAUGUCCGUCUACCUCUUCAUGAAGCGCUACAGUGCCGAGGAGCUCUACCAGCCCCGUCACCCCAGCUUCUACCGGCCCCGCCUCAGCACCUGCUCCGACCACUCGGGCCAGUUCCUCCACCCCGAGGCCUGGUCUCGGGGCCGGAGCCCCUCAGACAUCUCCAGCGAAGCGUCGCUGCAGAUGAGCUCCAGCUACCCCGCUCUGCUCAAGUGUCCCGACUACGACCAGGUGUCCUCCUCGCCCUGCUGAGGCUCCAGGAGACACAACUAGAGAUUUACUGUCAGGUUGAUGUUUUCAGGGAGGAAGAUGUUGUGACUGACCUGAGGACUUUUUACAGGCUCACACAUGCUGACUGGGGUUUGUUGUCGUAGGCAGAGUCUGCAGGAUUUAGAAACAUGUAUGGUUAAAUUGGUUUCCAGGAGAUAACCUUCGACCUUUAUGUGAAAGAGGGGAAAUGUUCUGUAUUUUGGUUUCAAUGUGUCUUUUAUGUGCAUUUUAUCCCUCUAUCUUCAUCUUCUUCAUUUUGCAAUUUGACAUUGCAAAAAAGUCGUGUGUGUCUAAAAACCAGAUAAAUUAAAGCUGCCAGCAGUGAUGAACUGGCCCGAGCAGAGUGACCUGAUGAUUAUUUGGUUCUUACCAAGAUAAAAAAACUUUUUGUGUCUUUUUUUUUUUUGUGAUUUUACGUCU